AGUAUCACUCAGUCGACAGGACGAGAUCGCUUAUUCUGCUAAUGAUGAUCUGUCGCUACGAAGACGAGAAGCGUAUCAGAUACCAUCAGACGUCUCAAAAUACUUCAACUCGCCAAGCAACGCGAUUUUGGGACGCAAACGGCUAGAUUACUUUUGGAAUCGAUCAUAAUAGCGGUCGCACUUUUCAACUUUAAUAAACAACAAAGAAACGUUUAAUUAGUGAAGGUUUGAGUGGGUAAUUGUACUAGAAUUUUCAACGAGGCCGGGGCAACGUUUCCUUCUUCAAAACGGAUUUAGCGAAAUUACCAACACUCAUUCCUCGGGACAGUUGGAGUUUAUUGAUCAAAUUAUACAUGACUGUCUGAUAGCUGAAUGUAUUACCUACAACCAUUCCGUGGUUUCCGGCCCUUGAAAAUUUGAAUUCGGUCUUAAGUCGGGGGUUUUGUUUUGACAAGCUUUUUGUUUCGAUGUUAUUAGUUGAUUUAUUGGGAAAAUAGAGGCGAUCUCGGACAAAGCAUACAGGAACCAAUCAGAGGGCGUUGUUGUUCAAGCCCCAUUCUUCCGGCCGAUUGCCUUGUUUCGGUUCAAUUUAAUCGCGAAAUUGCCAAGAUUACUGGUGUGUGAAGGCGUUCAUGCGGUGAGAUCUGUUGUUGGUUGUCGAUAAGUACCAUCUUGACCUCGAGCGCUUCAUAAGUAUACCAGAAGUGUUUGCCCCAGUUUGUUAAAUCAACGCUACUUGAGAACGUGCGAACAGGUCCGCGGGAACGAGAGCGCGAAAACCGCGACGUGAAUCAGUUCAAGUGAAAACUUCAAGCGACCUCUUAGAUUGACAGAUACAAGCCAUUAAGCAAUCACACAAGUCUGCUCAUCGCAAGCUUUUCAGUGAGACACUUGUAAGCUAAGCCGAGUUCGACAACUGAACGGGCCUCAUACAAAAAACGACAUGGAGAUUGCGCGUGUCUGUCUCUUCUUCUUUGUUUCACUCAUCGUUCUCGCUGCGAUAGACGGUCGUAAAAGAACCAGGUCACCUCGCAGCCAAGAUGCCUUGAGCUUUUGUUCAUGGCUCAAGGAUAACCAACAAAAGAAGUGCGAAGCGCAACCUCUGCUCGGCUUGUCCGCGCGAGAUGGCGUCGAACUGGCGUUAAAAGAGUGCGGGAAUAUUUUCAAGGAUCGUCGAUGGAACUGUUCAGGUGUUACCAUUGCAGACGUUUUUCAAAGGCAAAGAAUGCUCAAAGCUGACAACAGAGAGAGUUCUUACUUGCACGCUAUAGCGUCUGCAGGAGUGACCUUCCAGAUAACCAAGGGCUGCAGCCAGGGAAACUGGGAUGACUGUGGCUGCGAUUCUAAGCCCACAGGGAGAGGAAAAAAAGAAGGGGAGGCCAGCUGGGAAUGGGGUGGAUGUUCGGAGAACUAUCGGUACGGCUACGAGUACUCUACCAAGUUUAUGGACCCGGGCAAGAACGCCGACAAAACCUUAUCAAACCAUCUCGUAAGACACAACAAUGAGGCUGGAAGAAGGGUUAUCAAGGAUAACAUGGGCAAAACGUGCAAGUGCCAUGGUGUUUCUGGUUCAUGCACUGUCCGGGUUUGUUGGCGAACCAUGCCUAAGAUGGAAAUAGUUGCUUCCAUACUACGAAAAAAAUUUGAUAAUGCUGUGAGGGUGAAACUAAACAAAAACAAAACCAAGCUCACGAGGAUGCCUCGACCACGAAGAGGCCGUAAAAGGAAUACAAACAACAAAAGACCCCCGCCGGCAAGUCUCGUUUAUGCCGCUGUCUCGCCGGACUUUUGCCGAGCUGACAAGAAAUACGGAGUUCUGGGCACGGUUGGAAGAACGUGCAGUAAGUCAUCGCUUGGCACGGACAGUUGUCCCAUGUUGUGCUGCGGACGAGGCUAUAACACUGUUAACAGAGUGAGUGACGUCAAAUGCAACUGUGCCUUUAUCUGGUGCUGUCAGGUGAAGUGUGAUUUGUGCAAAGAGGAGUGGAUCGAACACACUUGCAAAUGAGGCUGAGUGACGUUUUUGGAAAUCAAAUAUGGAUUAAAUUAUCAUGUGUUUUUACUCAUUAUCCACGUGGAUUUUAGAGUAAACAACUAGACGUUGAAUCUUCAUUUUCAUGGAACGUGUUUUGGAAAGACAGCACUGAAAAGGCGACUUUAUAACCCUUGUACAAGAUCCAGAGGACACAUAUUGACCUCCUUUGAGCCACUGUGACGAUUGCAAAUUACUUGAAGAGGAAAACUUUUUACCUGGAGCCCAAGAAUGGAUUGUUUGUUUUAAUAGUGUACAGCAGCAAGUUUUUCUCAACUACCACACAUGUCAAGGAAAAUUAUUUCAAACUUUCUACCGGGAUCGAAAAAAUGUACUUCUCACGAUCACUUUCCAGGGAAAAUACUUCGGGAAAAAUUGUCAAGAAAAAGUUGAAAAUGUAAUUUCUGAUUAUCGUCGCCCAGUUUUUGGGAACAGACCUCGUACAACCGCCUCGUUUCUUAGAGUAGUGGUGUUUGCACAGUGUAUGUAUUUAUGAGAACUUGUAUAGAAAUCUAAACGUCUGAAUUACUCACAUACUUUCACAAAUUUUUUUUCUCUCUCUGAUUUAUCCUUCUCAAAUCAAUUCAGUAAAUCAAAUUCUAAGGAACAAACUCUGUGCGGAAGACACAACAACAGUCAACGCAGAUGUCCGUCAUUCUCUCGCGCUAAAAGCUUCUCAAAGUUAGCACGACGUCACUAUCACAGUCGCGUUGCUAUGGAAUCCAAGAUUUUUUGAAAUUAUUACCCAGAGAGCAGCUGAUUUUAAACUGUCUUGUACAAAAAAUGCAAGAUUCUUAUCGAAGGAAAAAUGCCAGAAUGCACUCUUCUAACUGUGAAGAGAACAGGUUAAGUGAUAAGAGGCCUUCAAAAUAUAUUUCUUCGUGUAUAAAAGGUUUUUUUCCUUCUAAUCUAAUGUCACGGGGUUUAUAACCGACACGAUGCAAAGAACUGUUUAUGAUAUAUUUCUGUGUAUACGAGCCUUUAUUUAUGAAGAUGACACCUCAGAUAGAAAACCGGUGUUUCAACACAUUGCAUUUUAGAAUAGGAUGACUAAAAUCACAAAAGAAAUGAAAUAAAUCUAAAAAAAAUU